GCCGAUAACAAUUGUGAUGUGACACGAACUUGUUUUGUUAGGUUUUCGAUCUUACAUAGAAUAAUAUAUGUAUCUUCAAAACAAUAUAUAUACCUUCAUCUACGUCAUCAAAAAAGGUUUUCUAUUUAAUUAGCAAUCGAGAUCUAUUACCUAUUCAUUAAUUUGUUAUAAUUUUAUUUGUGUCAAGGUUCAUUAAGCAUUAUGGAUCCAUUCAUAAUUGCAGCCAUAAUUAGCGCCGUAGUUAUUAUUGUCCUAUCUAUUGCCUUCGUUAGAGUGUCACAAAUCAAAACUCAACCUGCUGCUAGACCUCGGGCCGUCGCUCAAAGAGAUGGCGGUCCCGGUAGAGUGCAGGCGGUUAGAAAUCAGAGAGCACGGAUGAGAGCUAAUGCUGCUAGACAUCAAGCUGCUGUUGAGGAAGAGGCAGCCGUGGUUGUUGAUGGCGAUGAAAAUGGCCCUCCAGACACUACUCAAAAAAUUGAAUUUGAUGACAAAAUGGGAGCUAAGAAACGAGCUAAACUUGAAGCCAAGUUGGAAAAGAAGAAAGCACGAGAAGCUGAAGAACAUAUGCGAGAAAUAAAAAAGAAGAAAGAUGAAGAACUGGAAGAGGAAAGAAGAAAAGUACAGGAGAAAAAAGAGGAAGAAGAACGUCUCCGUGAGGAAUCAGAACGUAAAGCAGAGGAAGAACGAAAAAGGCGCGAGCAAGAAGAAUACGAAGCUUUGAAAGCUGCUUUCUCUGUAGACAGUGAGGGCUUUGAAGAGACAGAGGAGCAGGAUCGUGAAAGUUUGCUGCGUGACUUCGUUAAUUAUAUCAAAGAUCAAAAAGUUGUGUUGCUGGAAGAUUUAGCAGCACAUUUUAAACUGAAAACUCAAGCUGCCAUUGACAGAAUAACUGAUUUGCAAACAAAUGGUGAACUUACUGGUGUAAUUGAUGAUAGGGGUAAAUUCAUCUACAUAUCCCAAAAGGAGUUAGAAGAUGUUGCUAAAUUUAUAAAACAAAGGGGAAGGGUGUCCAUCACAGAAUUGGCAGAGAGCAGUAAUGAAUUAAUCAAUUUAACACCAGUGACUGUACCAUAAUUGUUGAAAGCUCUGUUGAAGUUUUUAUUUACUAUUUUUUAUGUAAAUAAGUGUAAAUGUAAAUAAAAAGUACAAUGUAAAUACAAAAUUUAUUCAAAAAUCA